AUGAUUGCCGGAGAUUUGGAGCCCGUUGCUUUUAGUGUUGAAAAUCCUUACGAUGGGGAAGAAAUAUCGAUCGGUUUGUUGCCUUUAAGUGAUUUUAGUAGGAUGGAUGCUGUUUGCCGUUCAGAUAUAUCCGCGGUAUUAUUAAUAAAACAUACACAUCUCACGAUUACACCUCUCACAACUACACCUCUCACAGCUACACCUGCCACAACUAUACAUCUCACAACAACACAACCAAGAUUACCCCAUACACAACCACCCCCACCACCGCGCGAACAAUAUAAUUCAUCGCUCAUCACAUUGAGCAAUGCAUCACAAACACAACUGUGCAUUACUAUUGACAAAACUUUAUUUGGUGAUGAUCAUGGACCGAUUAUCAAGUAUGAAAUUUAUGUGAGGCAAGAUCAAAAUAAUAACGAGUUAUAUCCAACGAAUAAAGCUCGAACGUAUGAAGAAGCAAACCAAGAUUAUUUGGGUAUAAUAUUAAAUGAACACACUGGUAGGUUUUGA